AUGGCGCCCAAGAAGAAGCCCAGCGCUUCAGCUCACCCGUCCACCUCGAAGGCUCCGCCGCCUACAACCACCGACGCUGCAGGGGCCGUGGAAGCGCACGAGGAUGUGGGCGCUGCGGGGGACGCGGUCGGCGCAGGCGACGUCGUCACCACCUCCCCCGCGGCCGAAACAGGAGCGGGAGGCACCGGAGGAGGGCAGCAUCAGCAUCAUCCCAACGGCCAUGCUGCACGAGGUACGAGCGAAGGGGUUGUUCCACCUGUACCUCUUCCCCUCGCUGAAGGGCACAACCACAGUGGUGGCACCCAGACUGGGGCAAAUCGCCACCCUCCGGCCGCCCCCACCAUGGGUGCGACCAUAGGGCGCACGCCUCCCCCAGCACGGGCUGACCCAACCGCUGCGCCCAAUGGAGCCACGGGUCCCCAGGCGCCUUCGCCGCGGCACCAUGCCCUCCAAGUGGCUCGCUCACAACGGCAAGGGCGCGACGCCAUCGCCACCGGCACCAUCAGGAGCUGGGUGACGGUGCGGUCGACAUCAUCAUCACCGAUGCCGAGCACCGCUAUGGAGACCAUGGCACGUGCCUAG